CCCCCUGGGCUGCCUCUGGACCCACUUCACACCUCUUCAGUGAGGACUCCCUGGAGCAUCUCCUACCCUCAGGAAAAUGAAUCUCACCUUUCUCUGAGCUCCUCCAGCAAUCUGCCCGUAUGCAGACACACUGACUGUGAUUGAAUGUAUAUUGCAGUUGUUCACACCUGUUAGCAUCUGUCCUUUCCUGCCUCUGCCUGAAACCCUUACCUCUGGCCCCUGCUAAACUUGAGCCUGCCUUGGGGAUGGAUCAUUUCUGGAGCCAGACUUGUGCAAACACCACAGUCCUUCAAGGGAAUGAGCCAACACCCCAACAUCAAGGAUGAGCUAUCCUUGGGGCAAAACAUUUAGCUUGGAGUCUGCUGCCAAGGGACAUCCCUGGACCACUCUGUACUCCUUCUACCCCAUUAACUGUGUAGUUUAGAACACGUACCAGUCAUCCUCACUUUCUGAUGUAAAAUAGAAGUGAAUAUAAAAUGAGGGCGUGAAGGCCCGUUUAAGGUGUGAGGGGGAGGUGGUGUCUUCCAGCGGGGUCGAGGAGCAGCAGCGUAUGGUGAAGGACAUAGGCUGUGGAGUUUGAACCCCUUGAAAGAUUGAAAUCAUGGCAGGUCCAGAAGCUGAUGCCCAGUUCCAUUUCACUGAUAUCAAAAAAUAUUUCAACUCUUACACUCUCACAGGGAGAAUGAAUUGUGUGCUGGCCACAUACGGAAGUAUUGCUUUGAUAGUCUCAUACUUCAAGUUAAGGUCUAAAAAAACUCCAGCUGUGAAAGCAACAUAAACAGAUUCUGAACUGUACAUUAUCUGUUAAGUUCCCAUGCCUGAAGAAGCUAAUGUCAUCUCAUCAUGUGAUACUCAAUUUGUACAAUAAAUUAUGAACCUGGAAAAAUAAAAAAUA